GAACACCAAGAGGAAUACUAGAUAGUCUCCCUUUCUGUGCCUCUGAUCUCUCUUCUCCUCCUUGCCCCAGGAAAUCAACACACCAUUCCUUUCUCUUUGUGCCUUCUCUUCACUUGGUCUCAAGAAAUCAAAUCAAAAUGGGAUAAUUGUUCCAUGGAAAAAUAAAAAGAAGUCUUCAUAUUUGUACUAGAAAGAUGGAGGCUGAUGAUCCAAACACAGAAAAGGUGUCUAAUAACCCCAACAUGCAGAAGGUAAAUCGGAUGAAAGAAACCAAUGUGAAUUCCUCAAAUGAGAACAAAAAUGGUGCAGCUUCUUUUCAUAAUAAUAGUGAACUCUUCGAGCUUCCCCUCCUCGAUCCAACACUAGACCUAUUAUCACCUGCAGCUUGGAUUCCUCCAGUGACAAAAACACUCGAGCAGCCACAGGAAACAACAGAGGGUUUGGAACUCCAAGCUCCAGCUGAUAAGGGAGAAGGCGAGAAUCAAUUGAAUAUUGUUUAUGAUCCUUCCCAACACAGAUUUGCUGGCCUUGAGACCUUAGAACCUUGCAAUCAGGAGCAUUUGCAAUUAGGAUCAUCAACUGGAAGAGAUGAAUCUUUUCUUGACCAUGCAAACUCAAAUCAAAACUUCAAGGAGUUAGCAUUUCCUAGGUUUGAAGGCUCCAAGUCUUCAUUUGGGGAUGGCGCAGACACCCAACAAACAGAAUUUUCCUUCUUUACUCCUACAAUGCCAAACUUUUUGACACAGCAAGAAAACAUUCCAAAAAAUGGAAAUGAUCAGCUUCAGAUGCUUAACUCAUGGAAUGAGGUCAAUUUAGCUAAACAAAAUCAAUUCUGUGGUCAAUAUGGUAUUGGAAAUACCUUCCAUGUUGAGCAGCCAUCGUCUCAACAGAUGAAAACACACAAUCUAGGCAACAAUACAGUGUUUUCUAAUCAAUUGGGAGCAGAAAAUGUGACAAACAUCAGUCUCAACAACAAUGAGCAAACAACGGGGAUGGGAUUUCUAAAUGGAAGAUCAGCAUAUAUCAACCAACAACCAUUUAAUACUUGGUUUUCUAACAACCAGAAUGAUCUUUCUAGGCCUUUGGCUCAACCAGGGUCGGAAAUGUAUCAAUUCAAAGCAGCGAACAGUUUUGAACCCCAUUCCAACUCAAUGCUACUUGGAUCUUCAAUAGCUCUAAGGCCCCCAAAACAAUAUCAAGCAAAUCAAGAACAUAAUGUAGUCAAUCUGAUGCAAAGCCAAUUUGAUCCAACCCAUUUCAACCCCAUGAUGAAAGAUCCUCUUUUGCUUUCCAGGAUGCAACAGUUAUCGAAUGAUCAGCAGAUGAUGCAGAACUUACCUAAUUUACAGCACCAUAGUUCGAAAUUGCUAGGAACUCCUAUAUUUCCAGGUGCAUCUGAUGACCAACAGUUAAAUCAAGCCUCUGGAGCACCUAAUAUGAUGAAUUUUUCAUUCCAAAACUCUUUUCUUCACAACCGUUCCAUGCCUUCUAGGCUGCAAACUAUACAAAAUCAAGGAUUGCAAAAUCAAACAGGUAGACCAAUUGCCUCAUAUCCCGGACCUGGAACUUCUCUAUCAAAUCUAAUAAUGGACUCAUUAGCCCUUCAAGAAACCCCCAAUUUCUACCCUGGACGAUCAUUUCCUCUGCAGAUGAGGGAAUCAACUAGCAACAAGCAAGGGAGUGAUGGACUACGAGGCCUUCCAAGGAGCAGAGUUGAAUUGGGUGAAUCAUCAUCACCAUUCAAACGGUUCAGAGGAGAAACUAGUGGGACUCCUCAAUUCCAGCAGAAUGAGGCCACACAUUCCAACCCUCUAAAUUUUUUCCAUCCAAGGCCUAUGAGAAAUUCAGUCUAUGAUCCAAUGUAUGAAGGGCUUGGACUUCCCAUUGAUCCCCAUCUGAGACUAUUUGAAAAUUCAAACCACCGGCUUCUAGGGGCAAGUGUUAAAAAGCGGACAACUUUGGACUUGUAGGAGAUACAAUUAUGGUUUCCUAAUGGAUCCUAGAAAGGGAGUGUUAUGGUGUUGUUGUUUUUAGUAGGAAAGGAGUGUAAUUUAAUAUAUGUCUCAGUCAGAAACAUGAAACCUUAUUUCGUUUUUUUCUAUUAAUAUAAUUGCCUUGUUUAA